CACACAGAGACAAAGUGACAGAGACGAACUACGAGUAACAACUAGCGAAGCAUUCAGAGCUUCUGACAGGAUGUAAGAUUUCAUGAAUUUUCUGUGGUGUCUGCUCGCUCAGCCUCAGCAGGGGGAGAAUGGAGAUCAGAAUAGAGUGACGCUCUGGAUUUGGACCCAGGCUGUCUCAGCGACUACUUUGCUGAAUAAUUGAUCCCUCAGUUGUGACUGGUUGAAAAUGAGGAAGGCAGCGCUGAUGUGUGUUUGGAUCAGCCUUUUAGUGCAAGUGUCCCAUGGUGCUCAGGGUCAUUAUGCCCGCAAACUACUGAAUGACCUGAUGGAGGACUACUCCAACGCUCUGAGACCUGUAGAGGACACAGACAAAGCCCUCAAUGUGUCCCUGCAGAUCACACUGUCACAGAUCAAAGAUAUGGAUGAGAGGAACCAGGUGCUAACCACGUACCUGUGGAUCAGGCUGGUCUGGUAUGAUGCCUACCUGAAGUGGGACAAAGACGACUAUGACGACCUUGAGAUGAUCAACAUCCCCAGCGACCUGGUUUGGAAGCCGGACAUCGUCCUCUACAACAAAGCUGAUGAGGAGUCUGCAGGUGCAUCCAGCACUAAUGUGAAGUUGCGUUAUAAUGGAGAGAUCGUCUGGGACUCUCCAGCGAUCACAAAGAGCACAUGUGUGGUGGACGUCUCCUACUUCCCCUUUGACUGGCAGUCCUGCAACCUUACCUUCGGAUCCUGGACCUACAACGGCAACCAGGUGGACAUCAGUUUGGGCAUGGACAGCGGUGACCUGUCUGACUUUGUGGACAACGUGGAGUGGGAGUGUCAUGGCAUGCCGGCAGUUAGAAACGUCAUGAUGUAUGGCUGCUGCUCUGACCCUUACACCGAAAUCACUUAUACCCUUCAUCUGAAGCGCCGCUCCUCUUUCUACAUCUUCAACUUGCUCCUGCCCUGUUUCCUCAUCUCGUUCUUGGCCCCGCUGGGCUUCUACCUGCCGGCCGACUCGGGGGAGAAGGUUUCCCUUGGGGUCACGGUGCUGCUGGCGCUCACUGUGUUCCAGUUGUUGGUGGCUGAGAGCAUGCCUCCUGCAGAGAGCAUGCCCUACAUAGGGAAGUACUACAUAGCCACCAUGACUAUGAUCACAGCCUCCACCUCUCUCACCAUCUUCAUAAUGAACAUUCAUUUCUGUGGUGCCGAGGCCAAGCCGGUCCCUCACUGGGCUAAGGUGCUCAUCAUAGACUACAUGUCCAAAAUCUUCUUCGUCUAUGAGGUGGGCGAGAACUGCACUACGCCGGAGAGUAAGAGGACCCCUCUGUACCCUGAAGAACCCAUGAAUGAUAAGGGUGGCUACCUUGAUGACCGUUUCCACGACUACCACCAUGACAGUGACCCAUACAAGUACAGCAACGGCCAUGGCGUGCAUCAUCACAACAAGCAUCGCAAAAGCCAGGCGAACGGCAACGCCAACAGCAGCCGUCACCAUUACAACAACCAUAACAACCACGCUUCCAGACUGGAGCGGGGUGAAGGGAAGCAAGAGCCCACACAGCGCUACUACCAGUCCCCUCCUCAUCCACCAAACCUCCAGCACCUGAACGGAGGGCUGAAGGAGCAGCUCCUCUAUCCAACAGAGAAACUUCAAGUCCCAUCCUGCCCCUGCUGCUGCCCCUGCCUCCAACAUAAACAGGUGGUGAAGAACAUCCAGUUCAUCGCCAAUUGCUUCCGCGAGCAGAGAGCUACUUGCGUCAAGGCAGCAGAGUGGAAGAAGGUUGCCAAGGUGAUGGAUAGGUUUUUCAUGUGGAUCUUCUUCGUCAUGGUCUUUCUCAUGAGCAUCCUCAUCAUUGCUAAGGCAUCCUGACAGCCUCCCCAUAUCAUCUUUUUACCAUGAUGAUAACAUUCAUCCUCAGUCAUUGCUGGACCUCAGUGUUACCCAAGAGUCACCUCAUUUUUACUCUAAUGCAACACCAGAUAAAUCAAAACUGUUUUGUCUACAGAGAAAUCAUAUUUUAUGUCAGUAUUCUGAUGUGUGUGUGUAUGUGUGUGUGGUUGUGUAGGUUCAUUGUUGUUUUUUGCUUCGACGUAAAGAGGACAAGGUCACUGCACACGAAUCAUCCGUUUAACCACACAAGCACACAAACACCGAAAUUCAUCAAAGGCUAUCGGUUAGUUAAUGUCAGGUGUGCUCCCAUGUGUGACAGAGCAGUGAAACGGUAAGACAAUCUAGGCCUCGCCUUGAACAUGCAUGGACUCUCCAUUAUUGAUGAGCUAACAGCCAGACAUCCAGCUAUAGUCAUUACAUUAUUUACAUUACAUUUUAGGCAACCAGAUUAAGCUGUUUCCAGAGUCGAUGACAAUGACAGCAGCAGAAUAACCUCAAAUACUUAUGAAACAACCUUAUGUAUGAUGCAAAAAGAGGGCAGAGGUCAGUGACACAAUUGCCAGGCAGUAACUACAUUUAGUUAAUUUCGUUUCCUUUCGGAAAUUCCCUUUGUUUCUGUGGCAACUGUCUGACAAAUACAACCACAUCAAAAGACAUUACAGUUAAAGAAAGACAUCAAACAGCAGAGUGCUCCACUACAACAUCACCAACAAUCAAGAAUUACAUGGAGUAUCAUCCCAUGUCCUUUCUUAUACUGAUCUUUGUGGAAAAACCUGCAAGAUAAAGACAUUAAAGCCAGGUGAAACUGGUGAAAUGUUUUUCUAGUCUAGAUGUUAAUAAAAUUGUUUUACAUACCUUUAGAAUACUUGGAAUAUGAGACUUGGAGAGAAAGGGUGAAUGUUUACCUUUCUUACCGUACAAAGCUCCCUCAGUUUUUAACACAAUAUUCAGACCUUAAAGCCUACCUCCAGGUUUUGUAAAAUCUGUCUUUUGAAUACACAGAUGAUCAUUUCCCUCGAUCUGUUUAGAAAGAUGAACUAAUAUCCAGCAUUAAAAGUCAUACAGAUAAAUACAGCUGGAAGGUGAGGAUGGGCAGAUACAUCUUUACAAGGCUAUUGAAAUGUAUGUUGUAAGUGCAGUCAUAUAAGCCAUGAUUAAGGGCACACACACACACCCACACAAACACACAAAGCUCACACACAGUCCAGUAGGACAACAGCAGGCAGGUGAAUGAAUGAACCUGGUUUAGUUUCUUUAGACAUUUCCAUUCCCGCAAGAGCCUCUAGAGGGCAGAUAAGCUCUAA